CUAAUAAGAGUUUCACAUGCGCACUGCAGGACACCAUGACCGUUGUUUAGCCGUUGACGGCUAAAAGACGUUAGCGCAUAAUGUAAAAUUAACCCAUGUCUGUGUGCAUCCCGCCUCCCUGCGCUCUCAAUAGAUGGUGCAAGUCAAAAUGUCCAAAUCGCCCGUAGACCCACUGUCUGCUGUGGAAACAGGCUCUCAAUCGCACUAUUUUCAGCUGCCCAGGAAGUUGCCUAAACGCAAGAGCCGCUUCAAACGCUCAGAUGGCAGCACGUCUUCUGACACAACAUCCAGCUUCAUCAAACGCCAGGGGUCGGCUGAUUCAUACACCAGUAGACCGUCGGAUUCAGACCUGUCAGCAGAGGAGGACCGCGAGGCGUAUCGGCGUGAAGCCGAGCGCCAGGCACAACUGCAGCUCGACAGAGCUAAGUCCAAAGCUGUAGCGUUUGCAGUAAAGACGAAUGUGAGUUACUGUGGAGCUCUGGAUGAGGACUGUCCCGUCCAGGGAGCUGCAGUCAAUUUCGAUGCCAAAGACUUCCUGCACAUCAAAGAAAAGUAUAAUAAUGACUGGUGGAUCGGCCGGCUAGUAAAAGAAGGAGCAGACAUCACCUUCAUCCCCAGCCCUUUACGACUGGAGGCAAUGAGACUCAAACAGGAGCAGAAACAAAGGAAAACAGGGGGUAACUCCUCUAGUUUAGGUGACAUGGUGACUGGGAGUUGGAGGACCACGCCACCAUCUGCAGGUGAAUCCAAACAGAAGCAAAAACAGGAACACGUCCCUCCCUACGACGUGGUGCCCUCUAUGAGGCCGGUGGUCCUCGUGGGACCAUCGCUGAAGGGCUAUGAGGUGACGGAUAUGAUGCAGAAAGCUCUUUUUGACUUCCUGAAACACAGAUUUGAGGGAAGAAUCUCAAUCACCCGUGUAACUGCCGACCUGUCCUUAGCCAAGAGAUCUGUCCUCAACAAAAGACCGAUAAUGGAGAGAUCCAACACUCGCUCCAGCCUAGCGGAGGUUCAGAGUGAGAUUGAGAGGAUAUUCGAGCUCGCCAAAACCCUGCAGCUGGUGAUUCUGGACGCGGACACCAUCAACCAUCCUGCACAGCUAGCCAAAACCUCCCUCGCACCCAUCAUCGUCUAUGUAAAAGUUUCCUCACCAAAGGUGCUCCAGAGGCUGGUCAAAUCCAGGGGGAAGUCUCAGAGCAAGCACCUGAAUGUGCAGAUGAUGGCUGCGGACAAACUCUCUCAGUGCCCCCCUGAUAUGUUUGAUGUCAUUUUGGAUGAGAACCAGCUCGAAGAUGCAUGCGAGCAUUUGGCUGAAUACCUGGAGGUCUACUGGCGCGCCACUCACCUGCCGGGCAACACUCCUCUUAACCCCUUAUUGGAGCAGAGUCUGAUGACCCCGCCCUCUGCCAUCUCUAGCCUACAGAACCAGAACAAGAACCAGCCGCAGCCUCGUGAGGCGGUGGGCUUGGAGGGUGACGAGGAGGAGGAGGCAGGCGAGGAGGCCCACUCCCCCUUGGAGCAGGACAGUCUUAUGCCGUCUGACGAGGCCAGCGACUCCCUGUCUCGCGGCCAGAGGGGGAGCCAGUGCCACAGGGGGGGCGAGGAGGAUGAAGAGGAGGAGGAGGAGGAGGAGGAAGAAGAGGAGGAGGAAGAGGAGGAGGAUGAGUAUGCCUCCCCCUGCCAUGCUCGCACAUACAGGGACAUGUACCCCCCUCACCGUGGGCACACAGGCAGUGCCCACAGUGCCAACGGGCACGAGUCACAGGACAGGCUGCUCCAACGCGAAGCUCAGCAAGGUCACAACCAGAGGAACAACCGCCAACGCAGCCGCCCGUGGCCCCGAGACACCUACUGAGGAACAAAGGCCGCUCUCCCCUCCCCUCCACCCGGCCUCCAGAUCAGCGCCAAGAUCACCCCGAGCCCUCCAACUGUUGUACGUUCCCAGACAAACAUUUAGAGAUGGAAAAAAAAGUUGUCCCCAAAAAUCAGACGCCCAGUUUAUAAAGCAGACAACUGCUGUAGGUCUAUUUUUAAAGUAUUUUCCAGUCGCACUCUUCCCAGUUUAUCUAAACUGAGGGGAUGUCACGACCUCUCCACAUUCAGAUAAAAGUCUACAGGGCUACUCCACCACUGCAAUGGAAAGGUUUCAGGCUACCAGCUGUACGCAAACUCAAACUUUAGCUGCUUUGCCUAAGGUUUCUCUAUUGUAGGAUGUCUCAUAUACUGGCCUUAAAAUUCCUAAGACUUUUAAACUUAAUCUUUAUUAUUGCAUGUACGAGUAUAAUUAUUUUAAGACUAUUUGCACAUUAACGUCAGAACAGGAAGUGAAUGAUCUUUACGGAUAAAACUAAUGUAGGAAUGUCUACCGUUGAAUCCAUUUAUGGGUAAAUGCAUUUGAUUACAAUGUAUAUACUGAAUGGGCACCUGGUUUUGUUUCAUUGCCACUCUGUUUGUUUGAUUUUGUUGAUAUGGACUUGUUGUUGUUACAGAGAAAUGUCGUCAUCCAUGCGUUCAGUCAGUUUUGUACGACGGUGAACGGCAGGCAGGAGACACGCGUUACAGUCAGAGUCUCCGGCGUAAGUAAAGCAGUGCGAAGCUUGCAGCGCAGCGUCAGCCCACAGCACAGCACAGCACAGCACAGCACAGUACGUUUCUUGGCAUCGCUUGUCUUUGCUGCUGCACAAUCACUUUCUUGAACACCUCUAAAAAAUCUUUUAAAAAACGGGCACAGAGAAUGUAAACACAACUAAGAAAAAAAGGGAAUGUCGUCCUUUAAAAAAGAGUGAAUUAUUUGCCAAACCGCUUGUUUACAUCGAGUCAUUCACAUGUAUCAAGCACACGCUGCACAGCCGCUGCAGCUUCGUCUUCAAGUCCAGGCUUCAGAGAAUGUAAGCUUGCAUGCCUUUUUUGCACCUCCAAAGCACCACCCGGUGUCUCCGACCCCAACCGAUCGCCCUGUAAUUCGAUUGUAGCACGUUAUUGAUUGUAGCAUCCACAGUUUCUACACUUCUCUCACCUCCCUCCCCCUCCCCUGUACGUCUUCUUUGACAAACAUUUGUUUGUCUGUACUGCAGUUUUACAGGUGAUUAGGUUUUUACCAAGGCAGAUCCUCAGGUGUAAAGAAGAAGAAAAAAACACACUCAUCGCGCUCAACUCCAACGAAUGUGUCGUGCUCCUGAAAGGACUCGUAGCACCCUGUGACACGAUGUCAUUCUAUGGAAAGCCAGCUAGUUCAAACAUACAUGACUUCUAACACCUCGACAAUGCGUUAACAUACUGAUAAAGCAUUGUUAAAGUUUUAUUGACACGUUAACGUAAAUUCCACAGCUGUUCUAGCAGAGAGAAUAAAUACAAUAAUAAAAACAACCUGUGCAAAGUUCCGGUCGCAAAAACAGCCAAAAGGGACACAAUCGAACUGCUUAGCAUAUUUACAUAUUUAGAAGCACAUACACCAGGAAGAAUGACCAGAUCUGAGCAAGUCUAAAACGCUCUUGGUGGGGUUUAAAGUUGCGUGGAGAACAGACCCAAACAAUGUUGUAACGGUGGGCUUUCAGUUUCACACUGAGCCACGUGUCCAGUUCAAACAGGAGAGUGUCACACACACAUCUGUAAACCUGGGUUUGCCUGAUGUUUUACAUGCUAAUGAUCAUGUUCUUUCUUUGUCCCUUCCUUCUUUUUGUUGUGCUGGUGCUAAAAUGAAAUAUUUGGGUUGAUGUGAAACCAAUGCAGAAGUUCCUCAAAGCAGACAGCUUCUUCACAAACCUGUGGGUGACGUCAGUGGUUUAAAGUCACGUAUAUUUGACCUGGCUCGGCCUUCCAUACUCAUUCUGUUCCUGCACCAUUUUUAGUCUAUGAGCCGACGGUGAUGAGUUUUUGGUACGUGGCACUGAGACGAGCAGCGACCUGCUUCUGUUCACACACACAGUGUCGAUUAACCGUUAACAGCCGGCGUUAAGGUUUUAUUACUGCUUCCAUGUCUCACAGGUAUCUCUCUCUCUCUAUCUAGUGUUCUGUAUAUUUUGAAGAGAUAUUAAAAAAAAAAAUUAAAAAUCAGCAUGAUUUGAAAAAAAAGACGAAAAAAAAAUCUAUGCAAGUGUUGCAUGAAAAUCUGGUUGUUUCUUUUUACAGUUAAGUAUUUUAGUAAUGCAUCGACUCGUUGUCUUGUAGUGAUAGUCUUGUCUUUGGGGCUACUCACUCCUCACACCACUAACAACACGAUUACUAAAAAAAAAACAUUUUGUUUAUCCAUAAACUUUAAAUAUUGGCGACAUUUUAUUGGUUGACGCACAUUUUCAAAAAGUCACUCACCUUUAAAAAAAAUUGUUCCCCCA